AUGGUCGCAAAGGACUCCCCGACAGCCGAUUCAAGAGGCCUAUCUGACUACAAGGAAAAGAUCCGAACAUCAGCAUCUCGGCCAGUCCUCUCACAUCUGAACGCCGACACAAGCUGGCUGCUUUCACUCGCAUAUCCCCCGAUAUCGACUCCACCACCAGGCAGAUCACGCUACAACAUAGUGAUUGAUCCAUGGUUCACUGGCGCACAAUCAGAUGUUGCGAAGUGGUUCUCAACACAGUACCACGCCGUCAAGUCCGACAUCCAGUCUAUAGCAGCACUCAACCAGAUCAUCGCUGAAGCCGAGGCCACACUACUACCAGAGACUCACAAAGCCAAUAGCGAACCGCCACUGUCCUACAUCGACGCCGUCGUAAUCUCCCACGAGUUCACCGACCACUGCCACAGAGCCACCCUGCUCGAACUUCCCAGAUCAACACCAAUAUACUCCACCAGCAAGGCCGUCGACAUAAUCAAAUCCUGGAACCACUUCACCACUGUCAUCAACAUCCCCUCCCUAAGCAAGACCACCGACUGGCGGACCACCGCCAUCGCUCCUCUGCCCUCCUGGCUCGGCAUCAGCCGCCUGAUCACGGAAGGGAACAGCCUGUACUACCACUCCGCCGUCAUCAUCUGCAUACCCAACACUCAAGAGGAUGCACCUGACAGGGCAGAAAACGCCGCGGAAGCAAUAAUCUACACCCCUCACGGCGUCGAGCACGGCACCUUCUCCAUCUUCAGUAAGGCCAAGCCCCCGAUCAGCACACUCGCGCUCUUGCACGGCCUGCACGACGUCAGCAUUACACUGACCAAACAGCUGAACCUCGGCGCGCACAACGCCUUCAAGGCACAAAAGCUCCUCAAGCCCAAAUACUGGGUCGGCACGCACGAUGAGGUCAAGAAAGGGCUGGGACUGAUCGGGCCGUUGUUGAGACGGAAGGUGUGGACGCUCGAAGACGCUAUGGAGAAGGCCCGGAAGGAAGACCGGAGGAAAUCGCUUUCUGAUGGGCCAAUAGUAAAGGAAAAAGUAGAAGAGGUGGAACAAGAAGAGCAAGUGCCGUACGUGACGUGUGGGAACGGCGAGACAUUGGUGCUAGCUUAG